AUGGCUGCCGAUGCUCUCGUGUUCAUCGUGACCUGGCGCCGCACCUAUCAUGUGGCACGACUUUCCCGCCAGGCGAACGUCCAGGCAUCUCUGAGCACACUAUUAUUACGAGAUGGAGUGGUCUAUUUUGCAUCGCUCUUCAUCUUGAACUGCAUCUGCAUCGCUACGUAUUUCUCGACAUCUACCGGCAUGACUUAUAUUACUGUUUCGUUAUCAAGUAUCAUACUCUCGCGCAUGCUUCUGAACCUGCGAGAAGCAAGCCUUCGAGCUGAUGGCCAUGGCGCGUCGACGUCUUUCAACCUUCGCGCGUCCAAAAUAGGGACUAUAGACUUCGCGCGGGCUGUUGAUGCAUUCGGAGCGAGCUGGAAUGAAGACGAAGAUGCGGACAUCGACGAAGGCGAGCUCGUGGACGACGAAGGACUGGAGAUUGAGAUGACGGGCAGCGAGACGGAGGAGAUCGGGGAGUCGGCUGAAGCGUAG